GGAGUCUGCAAAGUCAACGGCAGCAUCAUGUUUUACGGUUCUUCCUCGGGGGCAAGCAUGUCCCUCCCAUCCAAGAGCCGCCUGAAACGCCAGAGCAGGACCUUCACACAGGUCUUGUAUCGCACUCUGAGCUACAGAGACCGUGUUCCAGCCGAAGCCGGAACAAACACCCGUGGGGACCGGCGUUCGACGACUGAACCUCCAGAACGGCCAGCAGAUGACCCAGCGGAGCUCUCCACGCAGAGCUCAGCCCCCGGGGUGCUGAAGAUUUUUGGGGAUGAAAUCUGCGCCGGUGCCAACUACAAGAGUGUCCUGGCCACGCCGCGCUCCAGCGCUCAGGAGCUGGUGAAAGAGGCACUCGAGCGCUACUCGCUUAACAAGGAUGCUGCCCACUCCUAUGUCCUGUGCGAUGUGAUCGGACGCUUGGAGGGGGGAGCCGUUAUCAGUGGCAGUGGGAUCGGGGGUGGGGGAUGGCGGACGGAGUGCCUGAGAGCACUUGGGGACAAUGAGAAGCCGCUGUUGCUGCAAGAACUGUGGAAACCCCGAGAAGGACAUGCUCGCAGAUUUGAGCUGCGCAGGAGGGCUGAGGUCGAGGAACUGAACGCCAAGGAGAAGGAUACUAUCACUGCUGGGCUCAAAACCCCACAGUUCCUGGCGGCUCUAAUGGGUCGGUCUGGGUUGGGCAAACACAGGAGCUCCCCUCUGCGGUGUGGUCGAGCGGUACAGUCCAGCUCUAAAGAUAUUAAUGCCCAGGCUCGUAAGCUCCAGAGGAACAGGGCAAAAGGGACACUGACCCUGCCCCGAUCCAGCAACUCAUCCUUCUGUCGCAGCCUCAGCGAGACAAGCCUCAACCAGCUUGGAGUGGGAGAUGAGCCCAAGCGCUAUUACUCCACCCUGCCGGGACCCUUAAGAGGCCGAGAACGUGAGAUAGCCUCAAGCAGCCGGAGGAAAGAGGACGGGGGCCAUGGAGGAGGAGGCGGAGGGGUGAAGCACUCCCUGUACCAGUCCCCUCAUCUCCUGCUGCUUCAGGGAUACAAUCGACAGGACUGCCUGGUUUACCUGCUGAACAGGGAGCAGCACACGGUCGGACAGGAGACUCCGUCAGCCCGUCCCAAUAUCUGCCUCUUUUCUCCCGACAUCCUGCCCCUCCACUGCCGCUUACGCCGCGUCCCCGCACCCCGGCGCCAUCCCAUCAACAGCAGCAAGUCGGAGGACCCGGCUGAGUGUCAGCGGUUCUGCGUCGCCGUCGAGCCGGUGCUCAACGCCACCGUCCUGGUGAACUUCUCCCGCUGCGAGCGCUCCACCACGCUUCGACACGGCGACCUCCUUUCCUUCGGCGCACACUACAUCUUUCUGUACAAAGACCCUUCAGGAGCCAAACCGCUUCCCGCGCAAACCUUGGCACGCCUUCGCUCGCUCGGCCAGCUGUACGACACCGGGGCAGAGGAGGGAGAGGGCGGAGCGCAGACCUGUAAGAUGUGCGGCUCCGUGCUGAAGGACAGGUCCUCGCAGGUCUCCAGCGCCCCGGCGGUCAGGCGGAGCUUCAAGCCUCACUUGGUAAAGCCUCGCAGCGUGGGGACGUCGACGGCAGCGCCCCCUAUUCAGUCUGGAGGCGAAGGAGGAGGAAGAGGAGGAAUAGGUCAGAAAAGGAGGCUUCAGCUGGAGUUUGACCAGGCUCACGAGGAUCAGCUGUUAAACAGGAUUGUGUCUCUCAUUGAACCUGGAGGUGACGACCACAAGCUGACACCUGCCUACCUGCUGUGUCUGUGCAUACAACACUCUGCCUCAGCCUUCCCGCCGGGGAGUUUCGGAAAGCUGCUACUCAAGAUUGUUCGACGGAUCCAGACCAUCGCGUGGGAAAGGACAAAGGAGCUGGCUCAGAAGCAAGCUCAGCAGUGUCCAUGUAGCCAAGAUCCAGCGUCCCUAUCUCUGCUCAACAUCUCAGACCUGGUCCCAGAUCUGCAGACCAUCUUCUUCUGGAUGUCCAACUCCAUCGAGAUCCUCUACUUCAUACAACAAAGAGCACCAGCAUACACACACAGCAUAGAGACUAUGCAAGGGUCAAAAGAGUCGUUGCUAUCGGCGACUAUAUCAGCCAAUGAGGAGGCUAUGACAAUCUUGGAAGAAGUCAUCAUGUACACUUUCCAGCAAUGUGUCUACUAUAUCACCAAGGCGCUUUAUGUUGUGUUACCGGGUUUGUUGGACUGUAAUCCAUUCCCGGUCGACACCUCUGAGCCAUGCUGGAAAGGCGGUGUCGGGUUUCCUGAGCCAAUUCGGAGGGUCCUGCAGGUUUUUCAGACUGCACAGGAGCUCUUGCAGGGCUACCAGGUUCACCCAGAGAUACAGGCUCAGAUGUUUGCCUACCUCUUCUUCUUCUCCAACGUGUCACUUUUUAACCAGCUCAUGGACAAAGGUCCAUCUCGAGGCUGGUUCCAGCGCUCCAAGGUGCUGCAGAUUCAGACGUGUUUGCGGAUGGUGAUGGAGUGGGUGAGCAGGUCUGGUCUGGGACAUCUUGGUGAUAAAUUCUUCACCAAGCUCAACAGCACUGUGUCUAUACUGGCCACACCACCACAGCAGCUCACACAGAUGGGCUGGAGAGCAUUGUCCAGUGAGCACCCAGCUCUGAAACCGGUCCAGCUCCACAGGAUUCUGACUCAGUACCAGCUCACAGCUGAGAUCGGCCCGGUCCCACUGUGGCAGCCCAGCAGUGAGGAUGAGGCAUAUAUAUACAGGACAGUGGACCUCCUGGAGAGCUUCGAGAACCACCCUCCCAUCGUGCUGCCCAGCGCCGGCUUCAGAGUGGACCUGGACAGCGAGUGCGUGGAGGACAGCAUCUACCGGCAGCUGCUGUACAUCCGACACUACCUGUGGGGGCUGCGCACCAAGGCACAGGCACACAACAGUGCUCCCAGUGUGCACACACACUCCAACGGUACCAACACGGCCGACUGGCCGGACGUUCAGAGGGAGCUGCUGCCUCCGGCCCACAGCAGUCCCCGUUCCGGGGGUCCCGGAGACGAGGUGAUAGCGGAGAUGGGAGAGGAAAGAGGACGUGACAGACCCUCGGGCCAGUCCCACACGCACAGCCUCAGAAGGAACGGCACCAUCCACCACCCUCGACCGGCGAAUCCCGACCCAUCCUGCCUCCUGACCCCUCCCAACACCCCGCUCUACCCAGAGGGGGGUGGAGGAGGGGGGCCCGGCCCAGCCAUCGGUACCAUCAUUCAGAGUAACGGAUGCACCAGCAGAACUGUGGCAGAAUGUAAAAAAGCCAAUGGACUAAUCACCAACGGGCUUGAGGGGUGUAUUAGUGGGUGUGAGUUUCCUUUCCCUGUGUCCUCCUCUGGCGUUCCUUCCCUUCCUGAUGACUUGUGUGUGGUGUUUGUAGUGGAACUGGACAAAGGACCCUAUGGACUGGGCAUGGGACUCAUAGACGGCCUGCACACUCCUCUUAACGCUCCCGGUAUUUACAUCCGGACUCUGAUUCCUGACGGUCCGGCUGCUUCCGACGGCAGGCUGAGGAUCGGAGACCGCAUCCUGGCUGUGAACGGGACCAGCCUGAUCGGAGCCGACUACCAGAGCGCUGUGGAUCUGAUUCGUCUGGGAGGAGGUCGGCUGCGAUUCCUCGUGGCCAAGUCAGACCCCGAGGUCUCCGAGAAGAUCAGUGCCUCCUCCUGCUGACCCGCCCAGCUGCCCAGCGACGGCACGCA